AAUUUUAAUGAAUUAAAAAAAAUAAGAAAUCUCAACUUGGAUAUUGGCUCAUACUUAAUUGGCAUAAGCAUUGGAAGAAGCUUGGUAGGAGUUUUGUAAGUAAAAGAGCUAAGAAGAUGAUUGUAAUGAUGAGCAGGAAAUCAAGAGAUAAUAAUAUGAGAAAGAAAAAAAUAUUGGUUAAAUAGUUUAGGAGGUUUGGGAAGCUAAUUUAGAAAAGUUAAAAUAAACUCAAAAAACAAAUAAAGCUACUAAACUUAAUAUGUUUGAUGCUGAGUGUACUAGCUACAAUAUUCAUUAAGAGAAGAAUUUAGGACUUAAAGAUAUUACUAGAUGGAGAUUAUCAUUAAGAGAUUGUAAAUUGGAUACAAAUAAGAUUGGAAAUGGAAUUGUUGAAAUUCAAGCUUUAGAAUUUAAUGAAAAAGAUUAAAAGAAAAAAAAGAAAAAGUGAAUUAUAAAAUUUAAUGUGCU